GAUGUCUAACAUGAUUUGCCAAUAGUGCGGGCCGCCGGCCCCUGCACAAGGCUGAUCUUCGAACUAACACUUUUUGUUUAUUUCGUUGUCCUGGCUGACCUCUUUUCAGAUUUGGAUUUACAUUGGCGUGAUCCCAUUAUCACGGCACAACCACAUUUCAAUCCCAUCAACAAUCGGAUAUUCAAAUACAGUUGUUUCAGAUACAGCUUCUCAGCAUGAGUUUCCUCACUAGCCUCACCGCGUACUUACCUCAACACGAAGGUGCACUUCCCCAAUGGCUUCUUUUCAUCUCCGUGACCUCUCUUUUCAACACCGUUCAGUGCUAUUUUACUCUCCACUUUAACUCCCAAAUCUAUAACGCCAUCCCCAAGUCCAAUAGCCCACUUAGUAAGGGUACCUCCCAAUCCUACCCUUUGACCACAUCUGCCACUCCUCUCUCUUCACGCACAUUCGGAACGUGGACUCUCAUCACUGCGAUCGUUCGUCUUCAAACCGCAUAUCAUAUUAGCAACCCACAAAUAUAUCAAUUGGGAUAUGCGACGUUUGUUGUUGCGUGGUUACAUUUUAUGGGAGAGUGGUUGGUGUUUGGCACUACGAAGAUGGGCAAGGGAUUAGCAGGACCGGCCGCGGUGUCAACAGGGACUUUGAUUUGGAUGUGGGUGCAGUGGGGAUUCUAUGUCAAAUAAGAGAAUGUGAUGAUCAGCUGGACGGGAGGGAGAGGAAGGCGAGGAUAUACAUAAUAAGUGGAUUGUGAAAUGUCAUAGUUGGGAACGCAUUUAAGGCAUACUGAGGGGUUAUGAAGCAUGGUAACAAUUAUCAAGGUCCUCCAAAAGGAGUCGAGUGCUUCUCAAUACUAUUAGCUGGGAGAAGUUGCAUACCCAAGAUUUAUGUUACUGUUGAACAUACAUUUUACUUACUUAGAAUAUUUUAAUAUCAGAUUUGCAUCACA